AUGCCAUCUGUCUUCAGCCGAUAUGUUAAUAUGGGCAGGUCGCCUAUUUUCCUCACCGCUAAUCAGAUCGUGCGACUCUACCGCACUUGUAUUAUCUCCUCCAUGUCCGCACAGCGCUCUCUUCUCGACUCGGCCGUCUUUUCAUCCAUCAAUCAGCAUCAUUACACAAGCAACGAUAACAUCUUCUACCUGGCUGCUGUACUAGCACAUAAAAUCGCGCUUAAUCACUCGUUCUCAGACGGUAACAAGCGCACAAGUGUCGCCGCGGCGGAUAUGUUCCUCAGGCUGAAUGGCUUCCGUUUGACGGAAGAUGGUGAGCACCAGAUUACAAAAGGUGAUAAAGUCAUGGAGAAAAAUCACUCUGGAUCUGUGUCUUCGUCUCCCCUGGCUGAUGCGCAUGUCGCCGUGGCGAGCGGACUGUGGGACGAGGAAGACCUCGCGCAGUUUUACCAAAAGGUAGCGCGACCGCUGGACGGCUAG